CUGCGGUUCUGAGGCCGUUACUCCGGCUCCUCCAGAGAGGGCGGUGGAGGAGGCUGGAGCGCGGUGGUGAUUUUGUGCCAGGGCUUCUCAGAGGCGCGCUGAAAAGGCUACGGGGCUGAGGAAACUGGGGGGUUAGGGACACACAUUCAAGCCCCCACCCCCCGGGAGGGGAAGGGGGCUGGAAGCGAGGCUUGAGGUCGGCGGAGGGAUGGUGUCUGUUCGGGGGGAAGGGGCGAGCCCUGCCUGUCGUUGGUGAGGGGCUGCGGGCAGGCGAGGCUCCGCGGGUCGUAGCGGCUCCAUGCCCACUGGUGGGUGGAACGUGUUGAACGGGACGCGGAGGUCGAGCCUGGUGGCCGCUCGGAACCCUCAACAUACUAUCUAACGUGGUAUUUCAUUUAGCCCACGUUGGGAUUAAUUCAUUGCGGGCAGCUUCGCUGGUCUGGCUCCUCCAGGAGCUGGGCAACCUUGACGGGCUUUUUGUCUUGCUGCUCCAGCCCCCUUUCCCUUCCUCCUCCUCCAGAUGCCUUUUCUCUGCCCCUCCUCGCCCGGUACAGACAUUUCCAGCGCAAGCUGCCGCUCGUGGCUGCUGUCGAAGCCGCUUCUCGGGAUUUCGGCUUGUUCCCCUCUGGGGUGUUUUUUGAGGAGGGAGAGUUUUUCUCCCCUCCACGAUGGGAUUUUCUUCCUGUGCCAAAAUGGACUUUCACUGAUUUCUACUUACUUCUUCAACGUUUAGUGAUCAAUUCCCUAGGCGUAUUUUUGUGGUAGUUCCCUUUUUCAAAUACAUUAUCUGUAAAAUGGAGAACGAAAUUUUUACUCCCCUCCUGGAGCAGUUUAUGACCAGCCCCUUGGUCACUUGGGUUAAAACGUUUGGACCUCUGGCUGCAGGAAAUGGGACCAACCUGGAUGAAUAUGUGGCUUUGGUUGAUGGGGUAUUCUUGAACCAGGUCAUGCUCCAAAUCAAUCCUAAAUCGGAGAGUCAGAGAGUAAAUAAAAAGGUCAACAAUGAUGCAUCACUUAGAAUUCACAAUCUAUCCAUUUUGGUGAGACAGAUAAAAUUUUAUUACCAGGAGACUUUGCAGCAAUUGAUCAUGAUGUCAUUGCCAAAUGUCUUAAUCAUUGGCAAAAAUCCUUUUUCUGAACAAGGCACAGAAGAAGUUAAAAAGUUGCUUUUACUUUUACUGGGUUGUGCAGUUCAGUGUCAGAAAAAAGAAGAAUUUAUUGAAAGAAUUCAAGGUUUAGAUUUUGAUACAAAAGCAGCAGUUGCCGCACAUAUUCAAGAGGUAACCCAUAAUCAGGAAAAUGUGUUUGAUCUGCAAUGGAUGGAAGUGACUGAUAUGUCUCAGGAGGAAAUAGAGCCACUCUUGAAAAAUAUGGCAUUACAUCUAAAAAGACUUAUAGAUGAAAGAGAUGAACAUUCAGAGACUAUCGUAGAACUCUCUGAAGAACGGGAUGGUCUUCAUUUUUUACCCCAUGCCUCUUCAUCUGCACAGUCACCCUGUGGUUCUCCAGGCAUGAAGCGAACAGAAAGUCGACAACAUCUGUCAGUGGAACUGGCAGAUGCUAAGGCAAAGAUAAGAAGGCUUAGGCAGGAAUUGGAGGAAAAGACUGAACAGUUGUUGGACUGUAAACAAGAACUUGAGCAAAUGGAAAUAGAACUAAAAAGGCUGCAACAAGAGAACAUGAAUUUGCUUUCGGAUGCUCGUUCCGCUAGAAUGUACCGAGAUGAAUUAGAUGCACUUCGGGAGAAGGCAAUCAGAGUGGAUAAGCUUGAAAGUGAAGUCAGCAGAUACAAAGAAAGACUACAUGAUAUUGAAUUUUAUAAGGCAAGAGUUGAGGAAUUAAAAGAAGAUAAUCAGGUUUUAUUAGAAACAAAAACCAUGUUGGAAGAUCAAUUAGAAGGAACUAGAGCUCGUUCUGAUAAAUUACAUGAAUUAGAAAAAGAGAAUUUACAACUGAAAGCUAAACUGCAUGAUAUGGAAAUGGAACGUGAUAUGGAUAGAAAAAAGAUUGAAGAAUUAAUGGAAGAAAAUAUGACUUUGGAAAUGGCACAGAAACAAAGUAUGGAUGAAUCAUUACAUCUUGGCUGGGAGCUGGAACAAAUAUCUAGAACUAGCGAACUCUCUGAAGCACCACAAAAAUCCUUGGGCCAUGAAGUGAAUGAAUUAACAUCAAGUAGAUUAUUGAAGUUGGAGAUGGAAAACCAGAGUCUGACAAAAACUGUGGAAGAACUUCGGAGUACUAUGGAUUCUGCCGAAGGCAACACUUCCAAAAUCCUGAAAAUUGAAAAAGAAAAUCAAAGACUAAGUAAAAAGGUUGAAAUUCUUGAAAACGAGAUUAUUCAAGAAAAGCAAAGUCUUCAGAAUUGUCAGAAUUUAAGCAAGGAUCUAAUGAAGGAGAAGGCUCAACUUGAAAAAACAAUUGAAACACUUAGAGAAAAUUCAGAAAGACAGAUUAAAAUAUUGGAACAGGAAAAUGAACAUCUGAAUCAAACCGUCUCUUCUUUAAGGCAGCGAUCCCAGAUAAGUGCUGAAGCGAGGGUGAAAGACAUUGAAAAAGAAAAUAAAAUUCUCCAUGAAUCUAUCAAAGAAACAAGUAGCAAGUUAAGUAAGAUUGAAUUUGAAAAAAGACAAAUUAGGAAAGAAUUGGAACAUUAUAAAGAAAAAGGAGAACGAGCAGAAGAACUUGAAAAUGAGUUGCAUCAUCUUGAGAAAGAAAAUGAAUUGUUACAGAAAAAGAUAACCAAUUUAAAAAUUACUUGUGAAAAAAUUGAGGCCUUAGAACAAGAAAAUUCAGAGCUAGAAAGAGAAAAUAGAAAAUUAAAAAAAACAUUAGAUAGUUUUAAAAACCUUACUUUUCAGUUAGAAUCCCUAGAAAAAGAGAAUUCCCAACUAGAUGAGGAAAACUUAGAACUGCGAAGGAAUGUGGAAUCUUUGAAGUGUGCAAGCAUGAAAAUGGCUCAGCUACAGCUAGAAAAUAAAGAACUGGAAAGUGAAAAAGAGCAGCUUAAGAAGGGUUUAGAACUCAUGAAAGCAUCUUUCAAGAAAACAGAACGCUUAGAAGUUAGCUACCAGGGUUUAGAUACAGAAAAUCAGAGGCUACAGAAAGCUCUAGAAAAUAGCAAUAAAAAAAUUCAACAGUUAGAGAGUGAACUACAAGACUUAGAGAUGGAAAAUCAAACAUUGCAGAAAAACCUAGAAGAGUUAAAAAUAUCCAGCAAAAGACUAGAACAACUAGAAAAAGAAAAUAAAUCAUUAGAGCAAGAGACUUCUCAACUGGAAAAAGAUAAGAAGCAACUGGAGAAAGAAAAUAAAAGACUCCGACAGCAAGCAGAAAUAAAAGAUACCACAUUGGAAGAAAAUAAUGUGAAAAUUGGGAAUUUGGAAAAAGAAAACAAAACCCUUUUCAAAGAGAUCAGUAUUUUUAAAGAAUCCUGCAUUCGUCUGAAAGAAUUAGAGAAAGAAAAUAAGGAGCUUGUGAAAAGAGCCACUAUUGAUGUAAAAACUUUGGUUACAUUACGAGAGGAUUUGGUGUGUGAAAAAUUGAAGACUCAACAAAUGAAUAAUGAUCUUGAAAAAUUAACUCAUGAGCUUGAAAAGAUAGGGCUAAAUAAAGAGCGACUCUUGCAUGAUGAGCAGAGUACUGAUGACAGUAGGUACAAACUUUUGGAAUCAAAAUUAGAAUCGACUCUAAAGAAGUCUCUUGAAAUUAAAGAAGAAAAAAUUGCUGCUUUAGAAGCUCGAUUAGAAGAAUCCACAAAUUACAACCAGCAGUUGCGCCAAGAACUUAAAACAGUGAAAAAGAACUAUGAAGCUCUCAAACAGAGACAAGAUGAAGAAAGGAUGGUACAGAGCUCUCCUCCAACUUCUGGUGAAGAUAAUAAAUGGGAGCGAGAAAGUCAAGAAACGACUAGAGAGCUUCUGAAGGUUAAAGACAGAUUAAUUGAAGUAGAAAGAAAUUUUCUUAUGUUAAUUAUUGAGAAUGGAAUAUUUUAUUUUUCGGACGCUAUAAAGCAGACAGUACAGAGACACAAUAGUAUGAAUGCUACAUUGCAAGCAGAGAAGCAAGCACUGAAAACUCAACUGAAGCAACUUGAGACACAGAACAAUAAUUUGCAGGCUCAGAUUCUUGCACUUCAGAGGCAGACAGUGUCCUUACAGGAGCAGAAUACUACUCUUCAAACGCAGAAUGCGAAGCUUCAGGUUGAAAAUUCUACCCUUAAUUCCCAAAGUACUUCACUGAUGAACCAGAAUGCACAACUCCUAAUCCAGCAGUCUUCCUUAGAAAAUGAAAAUGAAGCUGUAAUCAAAGAGCGAGAAGACCUGAAAUCUCUCUAUGAUUCUCUGAUCAAAGAUCAUGAAAAGCUGGAACUUCUUCAUGAACGGCAGGCUUCAGAGUAUGAGUCUCUCAUCGCUAAACAUGGAACUCUAAAGUCUGCCCACAAAAAUCUUGAAGUAGAACAUAAAGACCUUGAAGAUCGUUACAAUCAGUUACUAAAACGGAAAGGACAAUUGGAAGAUUUGGAAAAAACACUGAAAGUAGAACAGGAAAAAAUGCUGCUUGAAAACAAAAACCAUGAGACUAUAGCUGCAGAAUAUAAGAAACUUUGUGGUGAAAAUGAUAGGUUGAAUCAUACAUAUAAUCAGCUUGUAAAAGAAACUGAAGUUUUACAAACUGACCAUAAAAACUUGAAAAGUCUUCUAAAUAAUUCCAAACUGGAACAAACCAGAUUAGAAGCUGAAUUUUCAAAGUUAAAGGAACAAUACCAACAGUUGGACAUCACAUCCACCAAGCUCAAUAACCAGUGUGAGUUGCUAAGCCAACUUAAAGGAAAUUUAGAAGAAGAAAAUCGACAUCUACUAGAUCAAAUUCAGACAUUAAUGCUACAGAACAGAACACUAUUGGAGCAAAAUAUGGAAAGCAAAGAUCUCUUUCAUGUUGAACAAAGACAAUACAUCGAUAAGUUAAAUGAAUUAAGACGACAAAAGGAGAAAUUAGAAGAGAAAAUAAUGGAUCAAUACAAAUUUUAUGACCCAUCUCCCCCUAGAAGGAGAGGCAACUGGAUUACUCUAAAAAUGAGAAAAUUGAUAAAAUCUAAGAAAGAUAUUAAUCGGGAACGUCAGAAAUCUCUUACAUUAACACCUACCCGCUCAGACUCCAGUGAAGGAUUUCUUCAACUCCCCCAUCAAGAUAGUCAAGAUAGUUCUUCAGUAGGCUCAAAUUCUUUAGAAGAUGGCCAAACUUUGGGGACCAAGAAAAGCAGCAUGGUUGCACUGAAAAGACUGCCCUUUUUGAGGAACAGACCGAAGGAUAAAGACAAAAUGAAGGCCUGCUACCGUCGUUCCAUGUCCAUGAAUGACCUGGUGCAGUCCAUGGUCCUAGCAGGAGGACAGUGGACAGGUAGUACUGAGAAUUUGGAGGUUCCUGAUGAUAUUUCAACGGGUAAAAGGAGAAAAGAAUUGGGAGCUAUGGCCUUCUCUACUACAGCCAUCAACUUUUCAACUGUCAACUCUUCUACAGGCUUCAGAUCCAAGCAGUUGGUUAAUAAUAAAGAUACUACAUCCUUUGAAGACAUAAGUCCACAAGGUAUUAGUGAUGAUUCUAGUACGGGAUCAAGAGUUCAUGCUUCAAGACCAGCCAGCCUUGAUAGUAGCAGAACAUCCACUAGCAAUAGUAAUAAUAAUGCUUCACUCCAUGAAGUCAAAGCAGGUGCAGUUAAUAUCCAAAGCAGGCCACAAAGCCACAGCAGUGGAGAAUUUAGCCUGCUUCAUGAUCAUGAAGCUUGGUCCAGCAGUGGUAGCAGUCCAAUCCAAUACUUGAAAAGACAGACCAGAUCAAGUCCAAUGCUCCAGCACAAAAUGCCUGAAACGUUAGAGAGUCGAGCACAUCACAAGAUCAAAACUGGUUCUCCUGGAAGUGAAGUUGUUACUCUACAACAGUUUUUGGAAGAAAGCAACAAGCUUACCUCAAUACAGAUAAAGUCCUCAAGUCAAGAGAAUCUUUUAGAUGAAGUAAUGAAAAGUUUGUCUGUCUCUUCUGACUUUUUGGGAAAAAACAAACCAGUUAGCUGUGGUCUGGCCAGGUCAGUAAGUGGAAAAACCCCAGGAGACUUCUACGAUAGACGGACAAGUAAGCCUGAACAAUUUAUGAGACCCAGUCCUCGAAAGACUGAAGAUGCCUCCUUCAUUAGCUCUCCAGGAAAACCUACCUUAGGCACUCAAGGAAAGAUAAAAUUAGUGAAAGAAACUUCUCUGUCACGACAAUCAAAAGAUAGUAAUCCUUAUGCCACUUUACCUCGUGCAAGCAGUGUGAUCUCUACUGCUGAAGGAACUACUCGAAGGACAAGCAUCCAUGAUUUUCUGACCAAGGACAGUAGACUACCUAUAUCAGUUGAUUCUCCACCAGCUACUGCUGAUAGCAACAUCACUGCAGCAUCUCAUGUGGACAAAGUACAAGAAAGCAGAAAUUCAAAAAGCAGGUCUAGGGAGCAACAAAGCUCCUAAUUCUAUUACCCACUACAUGACAUGUGGGCCAAGUGAGAGAAAAGUGUCCUUCAGUUUCUCAGUGUGAAGCCUUUAUUUCUGAAGUAACAAGACACCCAACUAUAGGAAUCAUUUUAAAAAUCUUUAAGGAGACUUUAAACAAUCCUUCGUGACUAGAGCAGGCAAGAAAUACAAAACCUUCAUUCCUUCCUUGAAUCAAGGAGCACUACUGGAGUCAACUGCCAAAAUUUUUAGAAGGUUUUAGGACUUACUAUACAUUGUAUUGUUAAGAUCUACUGAAUAAAGGAUGUUCUCUCUCUAAGGACCAAGUGUUUUAAGGUUUCAAGAAGUACUCCAAGAACAAUCUACUUCUUUCGUCAUUUGUUUAUGAAUUUAUCCAUGUUUGCUUAAUGCUUCUGCUAAGUAUUAGCCAGAAUCUAGCCAUUUAUAUUUAGUUGUGUAAAUCUAAAAUGCUGUAUGUUGUGGAAUGUACUAUAUAUCAAGAUACAGAGAACAUUGUUUUGGCAUGUCAGAGCCUUAUUUGGUUAGCAGACUGCAUGUGUUGGUAUUCUUUUUUUUUUUUAACUAAUUAUUUUGAUGCACUGCAAAAGAAAUUCAGUUUAUAAGAUAAAUCUGAAAAAUAGGAGUUAUAAAAAAUUUACAGUAAUAUUAAUAUUUCCAUAUUCCUCAUUAAGCAACACUAAGCAUUCACAAUCCAAGGUAAUUAAAGAGAGUGUUUUUCUGAAACUUUUUUAGUAAGGUGGUUUUCCAGCAAAUUGCAUUCCCAAGAUAAAACUGUUGUGUUUUAAUUCAUUUCCCUUCUUUAGUAUUGGGUUAUAUAUGUGUGUUUGUUUUUUUUAACAUGAGAGCUGACUAUUGCUUAAGAAGUUUUCUUAUGGCAAAAAAAAAUGUAAAUAAUUUACUAUGAUCUGCAUUUUGCCAGGAACUCAUUUAUUUUUAAGGUUAUCACAUAUUAAUAAGAACUUUUCUGUUUUUGUCCUUUAUAAUAUUGCAUUAAAGUUGGUAACUGUUAUUGGUACUUUUGAAAUAUUUGUAUGCAUUUGUUACCUUAAACAUUUGAAAGAAGCACAAAAAAAGUAGAUUUAGUUAACCCAGGGAAACAUCAGUUUUUUUGUAGCUCCAAUUUUAUAUCACAGUUUUAUUUUCUUAUGAAAUCAAAAAAGGCAUUGAUACUUAUUAAUGCAAAUUCAUUAUUUAACAUAAAUAUCAGAAUAAUCUUAAAGGUCUGAAAUGACAAAGAUAGUGACUUUUUUAUUUUAACAGUGUACUUCUUAGGCUCUCAUUACCAGCUCUAAAAAAUCUUUUUGGAACAACUCCAUAUUCAUAGUGUGUGGUUUAGGAACUGUGUGUUUCAUCACUAACCUAGUAACUGUGAGAAAUGUGUAUGUUCUCUCCCCCCCCCCACCCCAUUCUCUCCUUCCCUCUCUCUCUCUUUCCCACUCUCUAUCCCUUUCCCUCUCUGUUUUUGGUAGGCCAGUAGCAGUAUUGUGUUCAUAGUCUACUUUCAGAAAGACUAAUGAAAAGAAAUACAGCAUGUAUAGUUGACCAGAAAUUAAAAAGGAAUUUAGAGAACUUGGACUUAUCUUAAUGCCACCAUUAACUUAGGUUUUGCCGCCAAAUAAUGCUGUAAACUCUUGGAUGAAAGGUGCUAUGUAAAUGUAAAUACAAAGGAUUCUUACUAAAAUACAAAUAUUGCACAACAGACAUAUUUAAAACUUAAUCUCUAGACUUUGAAACAUCUCUCUCCAUUGUGACUCCCUAGAUUCAAGUAUCAAAUUGAUAAUGGGCAUCAUGGCAGUCUAGAGAUACUUGCAUGUAAAAAAUGUAAAUUCAUUUUUAGGUGGAUAAAUUGAAAGUAAAUAUAGAAGUUAUGUUUUAGCUGAAUACAGUAAGUGGGUAACUUAGAUUUAUAUUAACUAGCAUCUAAUUUGCACAACUAGGACACAUCCCAGGACAGUUACUAAAAGUUGGAAUUUAAUGAGUAGGAGUUUGCCCAGUGAGAUGAAUCAUACCACAGCUUGACCUCUCCAGAACACUAAUGUCCUAAAAUAGAGAACCUGUUGAUUUAAGCAGCACAUUAUUGCUUCAUGCAGAAAAUGCUUAGGGACAGCCUAUAUAGUACUGAGACUCAGUAUGCUGACCUUGAGAAAGUGCAGUUAGAGACAACCAAGGAAAUACUUAAGACCUCAAAAGUAGGAAUAUUCUCAAUUAUAUUCAUAACCUUUUUCAUACCAUUUCAAGGAAGGACUAGAUAAUAACCUCAUGAAUACUUUACUUUCUCCAAAAGAUUCAGAAGCAAACUUACUAGGAGGUCACUCUUUUCCCUUAAACUGCUUCUACCAAACAAAAUAUUUGGCCACCUAGAAACUUAAGGGGGCCUGACAUGCUUUUAUCUGGCUGUCUUCUAAAUCAACACCUAACCCCUUAGGAAACUGAAAAAUUAAUAUACAGGGUAAUAGCUUCGGCAAAGAGCUCCAAUAAAGUGCUUCAGAUCUGGCCAUGUGGAAAUGUUUGGUCCACGUUUUGAACUGGUGGUUACCAAAGAGUUCACGUAACAGGUUUGUAUGUAGCACCUUUCAUGCAAGGCAUGGUAAGAGCCUAUUAAAAAAUCACUGUGCAUAUUACAGAAUUGCAGCCACCUCACAAAUGAAGUAUUAGAGCCUGCACUGUCUUAACAGUUUAUGUCAGGAAGUGAAAAAGAUACUGUACCAAAUCUGGAAUUACAAUGAGGAGUAAUAAUGUAUGCUAAAUGACUUUGUGUUUUAAGUGACUUUUUAUGAGAAAAGUGAAUUUUUGUGUUUUUUUCUGCUUCACUUAGUCCUGAGAUGUAUUUUUUCUUUAAGCCUUGAAUGAGUAAUACAAAAGGAGCCCAUUUUGUGAUAUAAACCUUGAUGUACAUGUUGAGAUAUUGGGACAACAAUGAAAAUGCCUUAAAAGGAAUGCUUAUGGAUAAAGUUGCACUUAUAACAGCACCCUUUAACAAAACCUGAUUUUAAAUUGUCUUUUUCAUUUCUAAGGGUUCUCUUUCAAUGUUUGCCAUUGUACUUACAACUGUUAUUAAAUACCAAAUCAAAUAAUACAAAAGCUGUAACAUUUCCUUUAAAAGUAAUGCUACUAAGGGAUUUGGAGUUGAAUGGCAGUGAUUUUUACUUGACAAUACCUAUUAUCAGCCACAGAAAUCCAGUUCGUAACAAACCAUCAUAUGGUUGAUUUGUCUUUUUAAAAACAUUUCAUUACUUUUUAGUUAACUUUAUUACUCCUAAAAAAAAUUAAGUUGGUUUAACAUUCACUUAAACUGAUUGAUACAAAAAGAAAUAAAGCAAAGAGGUGAUUUUUA